UCUUCCUUUUUUCCUCUUUAAAAGAGAAAAGUAUUCAAUUUUUCUUAUAUAUUCAGUUGAAUAUUCAACAACCCUUGUUUGUUUCUAUUUUCGUAUAGUUAUCCUUGUUGAAUUUUCUAGGAUCUUCUCAAAGUCAUGGAGUUAUCGGAAAAGUCCCUUAAAGUGACGAUACCGGUGAAAGCUCCGAUGAGUUCAACAAAGCCAGAGAAAGAAGACAACAAAGAAAAAGAAGAAGAAGACAAAGACAACAAAGAAGAAAAAGAAGAAGAUGGAUUGACCACUCCAAAGGGGGAGGAAUAUAGGAUUCCGCCGCUACAUGAGUGUCCUCCGGCACCUGGACCAGGCAUCUACCGGAAAAAGAUCGAGAAACGCCGGAAAAAAUAUGCCGGACAAAGGAUUAUAUCUUUCAACGGUCAAGAUUUGGAUACUUUCUUCUCAAGAAACCAAGAAGUUGCAAAGGAUUCUUGAUACAUUCCUAGUGAGUUUAGUUUAUUCCUUAUUAACUAACUAAUUUGCAGGGGUUUUUGUUCUUUUUUAACUUAUCUUAAGACUUCUUAUUAGUAGCAUAAUAAUUUUCUUUAUCUUCCUCUUUCUUUGUAUACAUUUUGUUUUUGGGUAUGAUUAGUUUUAAUAUCGACUAAAC